CUUCUUUCAUCGGACGACAUCCUCCGCCUGCUCCUCCUCCUCCUCCUCUGCCGCUACCGAGUGAAGAUCGGGGACUAAUGAACGAUACGCUCUGCGCGUGCUGCUGAAGACCGAGCUACCCCGACGACAUAUUCUCUCGUUCGCAUAUGUCUUGUGGCUUCUGAUGCUGAUCGCUGCCUUGAACGGCCCUGUAGAGGUCACUGUCGCCUCGAGAGGUUUCAAGCACGCCGGGGACAUGUCCGAGCCAUCGGCAUUGGUCUCCGCGGCGCCUGCGACUGCGAAAAGAGCUUGUGAUGCAUGCCAUCGCAGGAAAGUGAAAUGCAUUGGUGAUGGCACGAGGCCGUGCAAGAACUGUACAUCAGCUGGCCUGACGUGCACGUAUAAUGCCAUUCCGCAGAAAAAGGGACCAAAAGGGUCGAGAGCAAAGGUCAUAUCGGAACUGCGGGAGACGCAGCGACAAUCACAACUCGCAGCCAAACGUCACGGCCUGGAAUUUGACAGCCCCCCACACUCUCCGACGCACCUGAGGAAAACGGGCUUAUUAUCGAUGAAAAUGAUCACGACAUGUGUCGACUACUAUUUCGCCAACAUGUAUCCCACGCAACCCAUCAUCCACCGCCAAAAGGUAGGCGAAACCAUCGGACAGAUGGAAACCAGCGGCGAAGCAUACUGCCUGGUCGUGUCAUUAUGUGCGUACAUGAUGAUACAGCCAAACAUGGUCCUACCUCCCGAGGCUUUCGAAGGACUUGACUUUGCACCGCAGCCGAGUCUGCAGCUAGGACAGGCGCUACUGCAAGAGGCCUUGCGCGUGCGAAGACGCCACAACUACAUCGAAAAUCCGACUGUGUGGUCCGUCAUCACGUCCUUCUUCUUCUUUGGCAGCUACUUUUGCCUGGAUCGACACAACACCGCGUGGUUCCACUUGCGAGAGGCUACUACGCUCGCUCAGAUCAUCGGAAUGCAUGAUGAGGCGACAUAUCAGGCAACGGAUAUUGUCGAAAGCUCACGGAGAAGGAGGCUGUACUGGCUGCUGUUUGUCACCGAGCGUGCCUAUGCGCUCCAGCAGCACAAGCCAUUGACAUUACACGCUACCAUUAAUCUGCCCACCCUGGACGAGGAUCCAGCGGAGACGGUAGAGCUCAAUGGCUUCAUUCAUUUGGUCAAUCUAUUCCGACCCUUUGACGACACUUUUGUGGGCCUCUGGAAUAAGGCCCGCGUGGGAUGUACUACAGAAUGGCUGGCACGACUACAGCAGCAGCUUUCGGAUGCCUUGCCCGCGUAUCUGCAGUGCACUGAAUCGCAAGCGGUGGAUUUGAGAUGCUCGCAGCAGUGGCUGCGUACUAUGGUAUGGCAGCUCUCCAUUAGCCACGGCUUCCUAUCCUCGGCGGCACCAGACAAUGCCAUGAGCUUCAAAUAUCCCAUUGAGAUAUCUCGAGAUCUGGUCCACUCCGCCACCCAAUUUACUCAGCAAUCUAUGGAGGUUCACGGCAUAGGUCUCAUUGAAAAGCUUUUUGAUGUUGCUUGUACACUGACCGAUGUGAUGUCUGUCAUUCCACAUGAGCAUUAUACCUUUGGCUUUGGGCCGCGAGAUUACCUCAAUCAGCUCAUGACUCUGAUCAGUACGUUGAGGGGUGGACAGCAACGGUAUAUGCCUCUUUUGAUGCAGAAAAUCAGCGAUUCGAUGCCCAAUGUUCCUGGGUACACCGUGCCGACCGCGAUGCCGCCUCGGCUGAGGAGUGAGGAGUUUUACGAUCACAGUCACUCGAGCGCGGGGAACAGCCAUGAUAGCUCGCCUUUUGGAAGCCCGCUUUCUGCUGGAGCUGCACAGCCAUUCGCAGGAAUUGGGCAUUAUCCCGCGGAAAUACAUCAGUACGGCGGCCUGCCUGUCAGCGGCGCACAGGCAAUACCGAGUCACGGAGGAAGUGGACUCUUCGAUGUCAGCGCGGUCUAUGGACCAGCCGCUGCGGGUGGCCAAGCACUGCAUGGAAAAGUCAUAGAUGAGAUAUGAGAUGAUCAGCAGCAGCAGCAAGUGUCGUAGUAAGACCAGCAAAAGGCAGAGCAGAGCGAUCUGCAUCGACUCUGAACAGCGUGGGGACCCCGGCCCAUGAGCUGGGAGGACUGGAACACAGUGCGAAGGAGAAUUUAGAAGACGGCAACGACUGAACGAAGUAAAUGAUGCCAGCGACGAGAGUAAUAUACUCCAGCCUAGCUGGGAAUUCCACAGGUAGUCGUCAGAAGCCUGUCUGGUUGGAAAACCCCAGCACACGAGUACGCGCAAGGGCCAUGCUAUGCUGUUGGAGCAUCAGCAAAACUCUACAAGGUAAAACCGCGAGCCUUAUAAUACCUAAGUAUGAAAAUACUGUCGGUGCUCUGCGAUGAGAUUGCACCAGAUGGUGCCAAAUCACCUUUUCC